CUGAGGCAGACAUGAUGGAGCCACUGAUUCAUCUCUCACACAAAAUAUAUUGUUGUCAUUAUUAUUUCUUGGAGCAACUUAGUUCAGAUGGAGUUACCGCAUCACAAUUUCUCCACAAGGACAACUCCUGCCCUUUCAAGGAAUAUGCCUUUCCCAUGCUAAAUGGUAGAAGAUUUUCUUUAUAAGAAAGCCGCCUAACAAUGCAUAAAGUCCUAAUGUUUGGAAAACUACAAUCAAACAUAACAAAUCUUACUUCGUUCCUAUCAUCGACGUGGGCUAAUAACAAAGGGCAGUGGUCCAAAAAUAAUAUUCUACACAAGGAAAAAGUAUAUGAGACAGGCUAGGCUGGUCCCUUGAUGGAUAAGUCUGUCAAUUUAUGUCGAACAUACAGUUUUUAAAAUUUUGGGCAGCAGUUUGGCCUCAUCAAAACAUUGGAUCCAGUUAUCCCAAAGGCAUCUAAGGAGAUGAGAAAAAGCGUCAGGGUUGAAUGGCAUUGGUCUGCUCCAUAUAUACAUUUGAUGGGUCCAUAUAUACUAGAAUAAACCAUCAGUGAUGGAUGCCAACUACUGAUCCUUUUAUUGCAAAUUUGCAAACAUGGCAUGCUGUUGCUAGGCUAUCAACCAUGGUGAACAGGGGUUACUAUCCUUCCAGGGUGGCUGAUGCUUACUCCAAGUACAUCAACUUUCAGGCCAUCAGUACAUCCAUGGACACCUCUUAUUGCUACAUUCUGCUCUUCCUCUUCAUAUACUUUCUUACCAAGCACUUUUUCCAAUCCAACAAAAAACUCCCACCAAGUCCUCCUCUCUCCCUACCCAUAAUAGGUCAUCUCCACCUCUUCAAGAAACCCCUUCAUCGCACCUUUGCUAAAAUUUCUAACCAAUAUGGUCCAAUCCUGUUCAUCAGAUUUGGCUCUCGCCCUGUCAUCAUUGUGUCUUCCCCCUCUGCCGCAGAGGAAUGCUUCACCAAAAACGACAUUGUUUUUGCAAACCGCCCCCGCCUACUCGCUGGAAAACACCUGGGUUACAAUUACACCACUCUUACCUGGGCACCAUAUGGUCAACAUUGGCGCAAUUUAAGGCGUAUAGCUUCCCUGGAGAUAUUGUCAUCCAAUAGGCUUCAGAUGUUCUAUGACAUCCGGAUUGAUGAGGUCCGGGCACUACUUUGCCAGCUCUUCAGAACCUCCAGUGAAGGUCAAUUUUCUGCUGUGGAUAUGAAAUCCAUGUUUUUUGAGCUGACACUUAACAAUAUGAUGAGAAUGAUCUCAGGAAAGAGGUACUACGGUGACAAUGUUACAGAAUUGGAGGAAACAAGAAAGUUUCGGGAGAUAGUGGCAGAGACCUUUGAGUUAAGUGGGGCAACCAAUAUUGUAGAUUUUGUACCAUUCUCGAAGUGGAUUGGAUUAAAUGGAAUCGAAAAGAAGCUGGUGAUAUUGCAGGGGAAAAGAGAUGGAUUCAUGCAGAAUUUGAUUGAAGAGCACAGAAGAAUGAGAAGUCCUUGUGAAGGGAGGAGCAAGACUAUGCUUGAUGUCCUAUUAUCAUUGCAAGAAACUGAACCUGAAUGCUAUACAGAUGACAUCAUUAGAGGCAUGAUGCAAGUCAUGUUAUCAGCAGGAACCGACACUUCAGCUGGGACAAUGGAGUGGGCAAUGUCACUUUUGCUGAACAAUCCAGAAGCCCUUGAGAAAGCCCAGGCUGAAAUAGACUCCCACUUGGGAAAAAGCAGGCUGAUUGAUGAAUUAGAUAUAGCAGAGCUUCCCUAUCUCCGUGGCAUUAUUAAGGAGACACUCCGAAUGUACCCAGCUGCUCCACUGCUAGUACCCCACGAGUCAUCCGAGGAGUGCACUGUGGGGGGUUUCAGAGUCCCAAGUGGCACAAUGCUGUUGGUGAACAUGUGGGCUAUACAAAAUGAUCCUAUGUUAUGGGCAGAGCCUUCAAAAUUUAAGCCAGAGAGAUUCCAAGGUCCAGAGGGACAAAGAAAUGGAUUCAUGUUUUCGCCUUUUGGGGCUGGGAGAAGGGGGUGCCCCGGGGAAGGAUUGGCAAUGCGGGUGGUUGGGUUGGCCUUAGGCUCACUGAUUCAGUUCUUCGAGUGGGAGAGAGUUGAUGAGGAGAUGGUGGACAUGAGCGAAGGAACAGGGCUCACCAUGCCCAAAGCUCAGUCCUUGGUGGCUAAGUGUAGACCACGACCAUCCAUGGUGAGCCUCCUUUCUCAACUUUAAGGACACUUUUUGGGUCCCUUGGUUUGUGAAGUUUAUCAUUGGAAUACGGCCUAUAGCCUCCAGAGUAUCGGCCCUUCCACCCUUCCGGCUUCCACUUUAGUUGAUGAUGUGCAUGGAAAUGCAGCAGAGUCAUCUUGGCUUGGGCUCACAGUAUGCAUUUGCCUCAUUUGUUCUCUACUUUUUGUUCCCUUCUAUCCAGCUAACCUCAUGUGCAAGUGAUAAAGCAUUUGGAAUUUGCCAAACUGCCAGUGAAAUCCCCAUCUAAACACCCAUAAACUAGUUAUCAAUGGCCAUGAAAUUCAAGUCAUAAUGCCAUUUUAUUAAAUAUCAUAGUAAUAAAAUUAAUACCUUGUCUACAUAGACUCCCAUGUAAGA